AUGGGCCUUGGCCGACAGGCAGCCUUCGCAGCAUUCAUCGAAAUAGAUGCCAUCAAUGUAGUACAAAGACGCAUUCGCCAUUGUUCGAGUUGUGAACAGAGACGCAUGUCGGCUUUGGAGCACAGCUGCGAUCCAGACGCUGCGCUGAUUUUCAGCGGUACAACAGCUACGUUGCGAUCGCUCAAAGAAGGCAUUAACAGCUACAGUAACGAGGAUGCUCCGAGUAUUCCUGUUGAGCAAACAUAUAUAGGCCAGCGACAAGUCAUUGUUGCUUGCGGAGGUAAGUUCCGAGCACCAACUUCAAAGCAUCGUUAUCUGGUCGGCGUUUAUUCCACCGUUGUCUUCGGCAGCUCACAGUAG